UUGACAACAAAACAAAACUAUGAAUUGCAAUCAUGUCGUCUUCGUUUAGAUAUAAUCUCCUGAGGACUGUUAAGCCAUACACUUCAUUUACUCCGCAAUUGACUAAAUCUACGCUAAGAGUCCUUAUUCAAGUAUCGGUGCAUUAUAUUGAAACAAAAAAGUCUUCUUCCGAAGUGCUUUCUCUUGCACUUAACAAACUAAAAAAUGCUGGACAUAAAAUUCCGUCAAACUUUUGUGAACUCUUUACAAUGAUAUUCUUGAUGAUGCAAAUUUUUCUAAGAUAUCCAAAAGGCGUCGUAAAACAUCAUGAGUUGCGAAAAUGCUUAAUGGACGAUUUAAAUUUUUCAGAAGAAUACGUUGAUGAUAUUUGCAAAGUUUUAUUAAACCACCGAGACAUACUAAGCAAGAACUUUUCAGAAACUAAGAUGGAUCGCGUAAAAAUGUCAAAGAUGCAAUGGAGAAUUAAUAUUUCCUUAUCUUUAAAUACCGUGCAAAUAGAUAAACCUACAAUAGUCCUCCACUUCAAACUCCAAAAUAGGCAAUAUCGAACUCUUGAAUUACCACUAUCUAUGUUUCAACAAGUGCGCUAUAAUAUUGCAAUUUUACUAAAUGAAUUGCAGUCAUUGCAAAGCCGGGCAGCUUUAAAAUAAUUUAUACAUUUUGUCGUCAACUAAUUAAUAAUAAAUAUAAUCUAUAUUA